AUGCUUGAUGGGUUGAGCCCCCAGGCAGGCAAAAUCUGGAAAAAAGCCAAUUUAACCUUCUCCUUUGACAACAAAACAAUGACCAAGACCUUCCUCAUUUGCAAUACAGGGUCUCACGCCGCUAUCCUAGGACUAAAAUGGCUAGACGCACAUAACCCAGAGAUUGAUUGGAACGCGCAAACCCUCUAUUUUCCCCAUACACCACCAGAACACGUGACCAUUGCCAAAGAAGAGGAAGCUGACAAGAAUCCCCUUGAAGGAGUACCCCCAAAGUACCACCAGUACGCCAAAGUAUUUGGGGAGGAAGAAUUCAACAAGCUUCCCCCACACCGGCAUUAUGAUAUUGGGAUUGAACUCACAGAGGAAGGCCCCCUUAACUUGCCCCUUUAUAGUAUGACCAAUGCUGAGUCCGCCACGCUCAAGGACUGGCUUAGGGACAAACUCAAGGCAGGCAAGAUACGCCCUAGCAAGUCUUCCAUCAGCUCCCCUGUAAUGUUUGUCCCCAAAAAGGAUGGUUCUUGUUGCUUAGUUGUUGACUACCGCCGCUUGAAUAACCGGACCAAGAAGAACAUAUACCCACUACCCUGUCCUGACAAUCUCAUGGCCCAGCUCCGUGGCGCCAAGGUCUUCACCAAAUUAGACCUAAGAUGGGGUUAUAAUAACGUCCGGGUCAAGGAAGGCAACAAAUGGAAAACCGCCUUCCACACAAAGUACGGUCUUUACAAGUCCCUGGUGAUGACCUUUGGGUUGACAAAUGCUCCCGCCGCGUUUCAGCAUUUUAUGAACAAGUUAUUCAAGGAUCUCCUGGAUGUAUGCGUCAUCAUUUACCUUGAUGACAUCCUGAUCUACUCCAAGGAUGACGUCACACACACCCAGCACGUUCAUGAGGUCCUGCAGCGCUUAAUGGAAAACCAGUUGUUUUGUAAGGCGUCCAAGUGUACAUUCCACGUCACCUCAGUAGAAUACCUAGGAAUAAUUGUAUUGGACAAAGGAUUCAGUCUGGAUAAGCUCAAGAUCCAAGCAAUCCAAGAAUGGCCUAUGUUGUAG